GGAGGAGAACAUGAUCAGACUGUCAUCAUUGCAGCCACAAGCAACAAACGGGGGAGUUUGAACAGAACUGGCUUUUUGUUGUCAUAUUUUACUUCGACCGGAUUUUUUUGUUUCACAGAGACCUGGUUAACAUAAAUGCAGCUUUAUCACGGAUUGUUCGCUUGACAUCUUUUGAAGUUUUUAAACUUUUCUUGUAUCGAUACAAAAUGGGAAAGCCAUCGGCUCAUGCAGAUUAAAGACGAACUAUAGGAGUGAGGCCUCGGUGCCAUGCCAGAGAAAUCCCAUAGUACAGCCCAUGACAUCCCAAUGGGUGAAGAAUCGCCUCGGUUGUCCACCGCCUCUUUCGGCAGUAAUGACCGGUCUUCCACUGCUACGCUGUCUGAUUGUUCUGACUUCACAGAAGUCCAGAGACCCGUAAGCGUAGUCUCCACCAUCUCAUCGGGGUCCUGUUCUUCACGGGAAGACGUUCUCCCGUCAAGUAUCCCACUUGCUGGUGUGCCUAUUGAAGACAACGUGAAUCUGUUAUUAACGGCUGCUGCUGAUCCUGAGACUCAGGACACUAGUUUCACCCAAGCAACCACCCUAUUCCUCCAACAAAAUAGCAGCAGCACUGUUAACAACAACAGCAGCAGCUCCUCCGUUUCCAACAGUUUCACUCCAUUUGCUGCCAGCACUAUGGCACCCAACCCUGAGCUCACCUACCUGGACCGUGUGGUCAUGGAGAUCAUUGAGACAGAACGGAUGUAUGUUAGAGAUCUGCGGAGUAUCGUAGAGGACUACCUUGCACAUAUUAUAGAUAUAGCAGAUCUUCCCAUCAAGCCAGAACAGGUGUGUGCUCUGUUUGGAAACAUUGAGGACAUUUAUGAGUUUAACAGUGAGCUCCUUCAAUCACUGGACAUGUGUGACAAUGAUCCUGUGGCCAUUGCCAGAUGCUUUGUGAUCAAGCAUGAAUAUUUUGACAUCUACACACAAUAUUGCACCAAUUACCCAAACUCUGUGGCUGCUCUAACAGAUUGCAUGAGAAACAAAACUCUUGCCAAGUUCUUCAGGGAGAGGCAAGCUGCUUUAAAGCGAUCACUGCCUCUGGGAUCAUACCUUCUCAAGCCUGUCCAGAGGAUCCUCAAAUAUCAUCUCUUACUACAGGAGAUUGCAAAGCACUUUGAUCCAGAGGAGGAGGGUUAUGAGGUGGUAGAGGAGGCCAUAUAUACUAUGACUGGUGUUGCAUGGUAUAUAAAUGACAUGAAGAGAAAACAUGAACAUGCAGUCCGUCUUCAGGAGGUCCAGUCUCUACUUAUUAACUGGAAGGGACCUGAUCUGACUACAUAUGGAGAACUGGUUCUCGAAGGCACUUUUCGAGUCCAUCGUGCUAAGAAUGAACGCACACUCUUUCUCUUUGACCGCAUGCUCCUUAUCACCAAACGCAGAGGAGAACAUUAUGUCUAUAAGACCCACAUCUCGUGCUCAACACUCAUGUUGAUUGAGAGUGCCAAGGAUUCUCUCUGCUUCAGUGUCACUCAUUACAAGCAUCCCAAACAACCUCAUUCUGUCCAGGCAAAGACGGUGGAGGAAAAAAAAUUAUGGGCUCAUCAUAUUAAACGGCUCAUUCUAGAGAACCAUCAGGCUGUGAUACCACAAAAGGCAAAGGAAGCAAUAUUGGAGAUGGAUUCUAUUUACAAAAAGUAUAGGUACAGCCCUGAGAGGCUCAAAAAGUCUGUUUCAUGUCAGUCAGAGGAGUUUUCUAACUCUAGACAAGGCCGGAGACAGUCAGAACCAUCUAAAGAGAUCCUAAAGAAUACUAAAGUAAUACUAAAGCAUUCUGACAGUGAGGGGGCAUUGGCCGCUGACAGGUGGCCUUUACAAGCCACUGCUAGCAUUAGCACUCUUGGCUUAUGCGAGUCUUCAGAUGAGAAGCCUGUUGCACAAGACGAAUACUCUCCUGAAGCUCUAAUUCCCAGUGAUAAUGAGGAACUCAUCCGUGCCUCACCGUCUCUGAAGGCCAGAUUGAUGCAAGAGAAUGGGGAUAAAGCAGAAGGGGAGGGAAGUGAUUCUGACGAUAUUUUAAUGGAGGACAACCAGGUAGCUGACUUUGCCAGUUCAAUGUUGGCUGCCAUUUCCUGCUGGCACUAUAGAGCCAGAGCUUUGCUUACCAUGGACUUCACAAUGGAGGAAGGGGGUUGUGAGAACACUGAGAACUUUAAAGUAGAAAAUUCCUCUUCAGUUGAACAGGUGGAAGCAUAUCUCAAGGAUGAAAAAUAUAUCUCAGAACAGGACAAAUCUCAAAACUUGGAAACCUCUUACUGGGGUUCCACUGAGAAAUUGAAGCCGGAUGUGUUUUGUGAUCCUGAGUCCAAAGAGAUAGACAAACAGGUCCCAAAUAUCCAGGAUCUGGAGUCUGCAAGAGACAAAGAUGAUCAGCUAGUUCCUAAAGAAGAGGUAUCUUCACUGUUACAGCAGGAAGAUGCACCUGGUGAUUCUUCAGAGGAAGAGGAGGAUAUAGAAAGAAAACCAGACACCACUAGCAUCCUACCAUCAUCUGUGCUCGAUAAGGCCAGUGCCAUUGCUGAACACUUUGUGUCUAACGCACGGCGUAGUAGCAUUAGCACAGAGGAAAUGCGUUCCCUUGGUUGCUUAUCUCCACGGCUUCCCAGCAGGACUGGGAGCACGAUAAGUCUAGGAGAUGCCCAUGAGCAUCAAUCCCGCCUUGCUAGCACCUGCUCUGAGUCACAUGGAGUUCCACUGACCCAGGAAUCCCUUGCAUCAGCAGACUUUAUGAUUGGGUCUUCAGGGGAGGACAAUCUUUUUGACUCAGAUCGAACUAUCUGCAGAAGAAGGGAUUCAGUGUUGUCCAGGCAAGACCAACUACUCAUUGAUAAGAUUAGGAGCUACUAUGAGAAUGCAGAACACCAGGAUGCUGCAUUUAGCCUAAAGCGUAGAGAGAGCCUCACUUACAUUCCAAGUGGGCUUGUUAGAAAUUCAGUUACUCGUUUUAACAGCAUUCCAAAAGAUAAAGGCCUUGCCCUAGAGAAGACCGGCAGUACAUCUGGACCUGUUAUAGCUCAUAACUCAAUUACAGAGACAAUUUUGGUUGCAUCGGCUCUGUCAGAGAACAAUGCAAAUCCAGCUAAUCUGGAACAACCGGUUAUCUGUGCUUCCACAGAUUUCUCUAAGCAUGACAGAAAUGAAGACCUAUUUGACUCUGAUGUGGAUGGAUCCAUAAAACUUGAGUCUAAAGUUGGGAGUCAUGAGGAAGAGGUUUUCCGUCCCUCCUCUGAAAUGAUCAAAGUCUGGCAAGAUAUGGAAAAAGAGAUCACUAGAUGUCAAGGGGACCUCAAAGCACUAAGGCCCAGAGAAAUUCCUUAUUUUAGAGGGACCAGUCCAAGCCUCUCCAGGAAGGAUCCAUGCCAGAGAAGAAAGAUAGAAACAAAAGUAAGCGAUGGACUGAUUAUGUUUGAAGAUUCAGAUCUUAGCACUAUCAGAGAGGAGUCUGCUACACUAUUAGCUUUUAAGGAGAAGGAAAACCGUGCAGCCAGUGAGAGUGAUGCCAUUAAACCCAGAGAAUGGGAGGAUGAAGGUAGACCCCUUAGAGUUCUAGCCCCCAGAGUUAUCCAGUUGAGAGCAGAAACUGAACAUGAGAGAGACACAGACGCUCAGGCAGAACAUGCAGAUUCAUCCCAAAACAAAGUUUUUAAUCUGGCAAGGAAAUACAGUCAACGCAUCAAGUGUACACAACCAAUGUUGAGACAGAGAAGUCAGGAGUCAGGAGAUACAUGGUUGACCAAGAGGAAUCUGCUUUCGGUGGUGGAAGAAAAGCCAGAGAAAGAGAGCAAAGUUAAAGCAGACUUGAUGUUCUCCAUGACUCCAUAUGAUCAGCCUGAUCCCGAGGGAGACCAGAAGGCCAAGGUUAUGACUCCAAGCCCAGACCACACUUCUGUCAGUAGUCCAAAGGUCUUGUCCCCACACCUGUCCCAUUCCAGGAGUCCUCUUAGUCCACCACCCGAGAGCUUCAACUGGCCUGACGUCCGUGAACUUUGCUCAAAAUAUGCACAUCUUGGUAGCUCUUCUGCUCAGCCACCAGUCAGCCAAAGUCGCUCAGUGGAAGAACAGAUGUUUGACAGCAGUUCUAGAAGACGCUCUAGCUUCUCUUCUAGCCGCUUAGUCACCUCUAAUGGCUCGACAGACUCUUCAGUUUAUAAGUUUUAUCCAGGGGAUACAGGAGAAUUGCUGACUCGGACCCAGCGUGCAGGCUCUCUGGACCAAAAAUUGGGUAGUUUGUACUUGAAUGAUCUGCAGAGUCUUCAGAGUAAAAAUGCCAGCAGUGGCUUCUAUAUCUCCGCUCAAGCUACCCUUCCGAAUGAGAAGAAUAUAAUUGUGGUUGAGAAAGUACCACCAGUAGAUAUGGACCUGUCAACACAAGAGUGCAAGAAAGAGGAAAUAACAGAUGGAAUAGAUGACAGCUACGUCCUAAUUCGUUCACCAACAUCUCGUGAGAAGAUCUCAAUCGUGGCUGUCAUUGACCGCUGUCGGGCAUAUCAGGAGUCAGAGGAAUACCGUUUGAGGGAAGAUGGAGGAUCUAAGGCAGAACAGUUAUAUAAGAUUGACAGGUGCAAAAAAACUGAGAAAGCUUCAUCCUGUAGUGAACAUUCAGACAAUGCUGUUAAAAAUACACUGGAUCCUAUAAAAAAGGCUGAUUCUAGUCACCAUAGUGUUGUCAAAAAUCUCAGAGAAAAAUUCCAAAACACAAGAUAAAAUAGAUGUACAAUUUAAUUAGAAAAUCAUGGGCUGUGAAAUCUUUAUUUUCUGUAGCUUCUUUAAUUUGUCUUUUCUUUUAUGUCUUCACCAAUGAAGACAAAUGUGUACAGUAUGGUCAGCAUAUAUCAUGCUGUAGCCAAAUAAAUCAUCUUGGCAAAUUUAAACCUCAAAACUAAUACUUUUCACAUUUUGCAUUCUAUUUUGUGGUAUUUUGGACACUGUAUGUAACCUGCUGAUAUUGAGAAGCAUGUGGAUUUUAAUGGUUUAAAUGUCAGGGAGAAAGUGUACAUAUUGUACAGAUUUUGUUGUACAUUCAGUCUUUGUUAUACCAUUAACAUAUUUGAUAUAGUAGCUAUACAUGUAUGUAUUUUGUAGACACUUUACAUAAAUUACAUUCUUAUUUACAUUUUGGGUAAGGUAUGUAAAUUAUUUAUAACGUCAUUUUUGAGCUAAGGGUUUCUUUAGCAAGAGAUAAAAUUCUAGUCACUGGCAGGGCAACCUUAUUUGUUUAGACUCUAAAUGAAACGAACCAUUGAAAACAGGGUUUUAUUUUACUUUUAACUGAAAGACAUUUUAAAUGCAAUAUUAUUAUUAUUAUUAUUUGUCAAUGUUAUGUAUGGAACAAAGUCUUUUAUUUAUAUAUUUUUAACCUAAACUUGGUCUUUGAUUAAUGGAUUCAGGCACAGAUCACAUUUGUCCAAGAGACUAGAUCCAAAUGUUUAACAAAAUUACAGCUUACACCAAUUAUGUUACUUAUGUUAAGAUUUGUUGCAAUCUUCACAACAAAUCAGAUUUUUAGAUUUUGGGGAAUGCCACAAUUGCGAGACAAAUAUUAACCCUGUAUGUUUUAGCAUCUGAAACCCGUGAUAACAUCUCUCAUUGAUCACUGUGUUUCUGUUAUUUAUUAAGGUUCUAUAAAUUUCCUUAUCUGUCUGACUUAUUACAAAAUGUAUCAAUAAAUACUUGUGAAAGUAAAAAUUCACUCCAUAAUAAAACCAAAGAAAAUUCAACUUUA